CAGGUCUGUUUUAAGAGAAGGAGAGAGCACUGUUACCUGAAUGUCCUCCAGUACAUUUGAUGUGAAAGCUGGAAAACUACCAGAAAGGGAGACAGACACACAGCUGCAAUGACUGGUCAGAAUGACCAGCAAGCCUUAUUCCUAGAACUCUCUAGAAAAGGAAAUGGGAGCAGCAGCAAAUACUCUGUUAACAACAGGAACAUCAGUGCAACUUUAAUGCUGCAGAUGAACAGUUAUGCCUGUUGCAGAAGACAUCUGGCAGGGUAUUAGGAGAUAGAGCUUCAUCUCCAGUGGCAAAGUAGACUGAAAAAAGUGAACCCUGGUCUACUAGUGAUCACCCUACAAACAAAAUGGAGGAAACAGAAGCCAAGCACUGCAGUAGUGAGAAAGAAGAAACUUUCAAAAGAGAAGUGCCAUACUGUGUAGGAGAAAUCGACUUCACAGCUUCUGGGAAGAAACGUGGAAAGUUUAUUAAGGUCCCGUGUACCAUUCAUCCUGGCAUUAUAUUCGAAGUUAUGCUCAACAAAUGGAAGUUGCCUGCUCCCAAUUUGGUUGUCUCUUUAGUAGGGGAAGAAGAAAAUUUCCAGAUGAAACCUUGGCUACGGGACACCUUAAAAAAAGGACUUAUAAAGGCAGCUCAAAGCACAGGUGCCUGGAUUUUUACCAGUGCUUUACGUGUUGGAAUAACGAGGUACUUAGGGCAAGCAGUCCGAGAUCAUGCACUGGCUAGUACUUCAUCCAAAGUAAGAGUGAUUGCAAUUGGAAUAACUUCCCUGAGAAAAAUUCAGCACAGAGAAAUUCUGGACAACAUAAAGGAUGAAAGUCCUGUACAGUACCAAUCAGACGAUAACAUCCAAGGCCCGUUGUAUUCGCUGGACCACAAUCAUUCCCAUUUUAUUUUGGUAGAUCACAUAACACCAGGUGAGCCAGAUGGAACCACUAAACUACGCCUCACUUUGGAAAAGCAUAUUUCAGAACAGCGUACUGGGUAUGGUGGAACAGGUAGCAUUGAGAUCCCUGUGCUUUGCUUACUAGUAAAUGGAGGACCAAGCACACUUGAGAGAAUUUGCAGUGGUUUGGAAAAUUCUGCUCCCUGGCUUAUCUUAGCAGGAUCUGGAGGUACAGCUGACAUCUUAGCUGCAUUCAUGAAUGAGCCACAGCUUAUCAUGCCAGAAGUUGUUGAAAAGCAAUUCAAAGAGAAAUUCCCUGCAGAAAACUUCUUGUGGAAGGACAUUCUCCAAUGGACAGCAACAAUUCAGAACAUUAUUUCACAGCAACAUCUUCUAACUCUGCACAACUUUGAGCAAGAAGAUUCAGAAGAACUAGACACAGUCAUUUUAAAAGCUUUAGUAAAAGCCUGUAAAAGCCACAGUCAGGAGGCCCAGGAAUAUCUGGAUGAACUGAAGCUGGCAGUGGCCUGGAAUAGAGUGGACAUAGCUAAGAGUGAAAUAUUCAAUGGUGAUGUGGAGUGGAAGUCCUGUGACCUGGAGGAAGUGAUGAUGGAUGCUCUGGUCAAUGACAAACCAGAAUUCGUAAAAUUAUUUAUUGACAACGGGGCCAACAUGUCCGACUUCCUGACAUAUAGUCGGCUGCAGAGACUCUACUGUUCCAUUUCUCAGAAGUGUCUCCUCUACAAACUUCUACUGAGGAAACACGAGGAAAGCAAGCUAACCUUGGCAGGGCUCACUGGUCAACAGCACAAGGAGCUGGAAGAAACCUGCCCACUCUUCAGUCUCAGUGAGGUCUCUAGAGUUCUCAAGGAUUUUCUCCAUGAUGCAUGCAAAGGUUUCUAUCAAGAGCCAAGACAUGGAGGCAAGAAGAAAUCUGAUAAAAUGAAUACAAAGCGAUUACCUGGGCCCUUGGAUAUGAACCAGAAAAGCCAAAAUCCUUGGAGGGAUUUAUUUUUAUGGGCAGUACUUCAAAACCGGCACAAGAUGGCAAACUAUUUCUGGGCUAUGGGUCAGGAGGGUGUAGCUUCAGCUCUGGCAGCCUGCAAGAUCCUUAAAGAAAUGUCCCGCCUGGAGAUGGAGACUGAAGUAGCACGUAUAAUGAAAGAGGCCAAAUAUGAGCAGCUCGCUAUUGAACUGUUUAGUGAAUGCUAUCACAACAGCGAGGAGAGCGCGUUUGCUCUAUUGGUGAGGAAAAAUCAGUACUGGAGCAAAACCACUUGCCUUCAGCUGGCUACAGAAGCAGACGCAAAGUCUUUCUUUGCACAUGACGGUGUCCAGGCCUUCCUGACAAAAAUAUGGUGGGGAGACAUGUCUACAAGCACACAGAUCUUGAAGUUAAUUUGUGGAUUCUGGUGUCCUCUCCUAAUCUACACAAAUUUAAUAGCAUUCAGGGAAGAGAAACGAUCAAAGAAUGAACCAGAGCCAUUUAGAGAGCUGGACAGUUUAGAUACAGAGAAGACUUUGUUUUUUUCCAAGGAAGAAGAUAGAGGAAAUGGUAAAUUAGAAAAGCAGAACCCUUCUGAAAACACAGCAUGGGCAACAUUCAUGUUUACUCGUUGGAAGAAAUUCUGGAGUGCCCCUGUGACUGUAUUUAUGGGCAAUGUCAUAAUGUACUUUGCUUUUCUGUUUCUAUUUACUUAUGUCCUUUUACUGGACUUUAAACCACCUCCACCAGAGGGUCCAUCCGGUAAAGAAAUUAUACUUUACUUCUGGGUUUUUACCAUUGUCUUGGAAGAAAUCCGACAGAGUUUCUUUACAAAUAAAGACACAAAUUUAAUGAAAAAAUUUAAACUGUAUGUAGAGGAUAAUUGGAAUAAAUGUGAUAUGGUGACCAUUUUCCUCUUCAUAAUUGGAGUGACCUGCCGGAUGCUGAACUCAACUUUUCAAGCUGGCCGUACAAUACUUGCCAUUGAUUUCAUGGUGUUUACACUUAGACUUAUACAUAUUUUUGCUAUUCACAAACAACUUGGACCAAAGAUCAUAAUUGUGGAAAGGAUGAUGAAAGAUGUUUUCUUCUUUCUGUUUUUCUUGAGUGUGUGGCUCAUUGCCUAUGGUGUGACAACUCAAGCUCUGCUUCAUCCUGAUGACGGCCGAGUGGAAUGGAUAUUCAGAAGGGUGCUUUAUCGUCCCUACCUUCAGAUAUUUGGCCAGAUUCCACUGGAUGAAAUAGACACAUCCCGAAUGUUUCCUAGGAACUGCACAUUUAAUCCAUUGAAGAUUCUGCGGGAGGAUUCACCAUCAUGUCCUAACAACUAUGCCAACUGGCUCGUCAUACUUCUGUUGGUCAUUUUCCUACUAGUCACAAAUGUUCUCCUUAUGAAUCUCCUGAUUGCUAUGUUCAGCUACACUUUUCAAGUUGUUCAGGGAAAUGCAGACAUCUUCUGGAAACUUCAGCGCUACAACCUAAUUAUUGAAUAUCAUGGACGGCCUGCGUUAGCACCGCCAUUUAUCAUUAUUAGCCACAUAACUCUGGUUCUCAGAAGAAUCUUCAAAAAAAUGGAACACACAAAGGAACAUCUGGAAAGAGAUCUUCCAGAUAGCCUAGAUCAAAAAAUCAUAACAUGGGAGUUGGUGCAAAAGGAAAAUUAUCUUGUGAACUUGGAACAAGAGAGGAAAGAAAGCAAUGAAGAAAGGUUGAAGGUCACAUCUAAUAAGGUGGAUAGUUUGUCUAAAUACUUUAGUGGAUUGAAAGAACAAGAAAAGCGAUUUAAAGUUAUAGAAUCCCAGAUUUGCUACUGUACAGCUGUUAUCUCCUCAAUGGCAGAUGUUUUAACCAAAAAUAACCUCUUGUGCAACCAACCAGCUCCAAACUAUAAAAGUUUGAUGAAUGCCAAUGUUGAAGUGCCUUUGCCAGAAAGCAGUGAAAGAGAAGAGCGUGCAGAUCAGUCCGAGACAGACAUCAUGUACAUUGAUAAUUAAAUUUCUCGUUUUUCCCAGAUGAAGCUUUUUGUCCUACUGAAUUUCUGUCAAACUAAAAUCCUAGUCUCAUGAAGGUCAAAGACCCAACUCUCAAAGUCCUUGAUGGAGACAUUAUCUUCAGCUUAAUGUCAAGAACUGUUAAUGUUUGACACUACUGAGGACUUCUCAGUCUUCAUACUCCCAUUUCUUUUUGCCUUUCUUCUCUCCUAUUCCUACACUGGCUGGUCCUUUCUCCAGAACUCCCUUCCACAAAUCCCACUAACAACUUUCCCCUCCAGAGUGAGGCUACUACCUUAUAUUCUAAACAUUAUCUGCCUUUAUUUCUCCAAAUACUGUACCCGCCAUCGAACUCAAUCACCAACUCCCACAUUUUUGUUUUCUAUCCAAGGGAAUUUCCCUGAUGAAAAGCGAUCAUUUCCUCAUUAAAAAAUGUACGUCACCUCCUUGGCCAAGAAAGCACACUAAUGUUUCUGGGUUCUUUAAAAAGGAAUUGAGGAAAUAGUUUCCACAGGGAAGGGCCUGGGAUUCUUAACUAUUACAAUUCAUACACUUCCUAGAGUUCUCAUAAUCCUCAAAUGACUGCACUCACCGUCUUUUCUUCCCAUUUUGGCCUCUGCACUGUAUUCCUUUUACGGCUGUUCCUUAAUGAGGGUUCUUCACACAUCCCCAGAAACUGGACUGCCACCACAUGGUCCUCAAGCCUUUGGUGGCUUGCUCUCAAUUUCCAAAUGCAGAACGUGAUCCUGCCACGGUCAGGCCCUCCAUCCUGUGUUGCUUGCCUUUUUGUUUUAAUGCCAGAUCAUAUCCGCUGUCAGCUUGCUACUAUUAAAGGAGAUUUUGCUAUAUAUGUAUCACAAUGCAUGAAACAGCACAACUACAUCUUAUGCAGUUUUCUGAUUUCAUUCUACUUUUUCUUUCAAAGAC